AUGGACACCAGAGUGCUGGGGGUGCUGGUCUUGGUGCUGGCCUUAGGGGUAUCCAGCUCAGCCGGGGAGUACCUGGGCCUGUCGAAGGAGCAGUGCGUGGUGCCCCCCAAGGACCGGGUGGACUGUGGCUAUCCCGAAGUCACCCCGGAGCAGUGCAACAACCGCGGCUGCUGCUUCGACGACAGUAUCCCGCAGGUGCCCUGGUGCUUCAAGCCUCUGCAGGAGACAGAAUGCACCUUCUGAAGCAAGUCUGCUGGCCCUGGACCCCAAGCCCUGAUGCUGGCCCCCACCAUCUGCACCCCACCCUGGCUGCCCGG